CCUUUCUCUUAGCCAAUUCCAAGCCACAGAAAUUGUGUCUCUGUCAGUUCUCGUUCCAUUUGCUUCGAAUUUCUCCAGGCGUGCACAGUAUCGCCAUAGUUGGGCUUCAAUCUUCAGUGGAUCUUCAGUGGCCGUUCUGUGUCCUAGGCUUUGUGAAAGAUGUCUGUGUCUCCAGCCAAUUUGAUUCCCGGAGUUCGUUAUCCUAUUGUAAUGUUAACCCAGAAAUGCACUUAUUGUUGUGAUGAGAAAAAACCAUUUACAACUUUAAUCGCUUGCGUUCAGGAUCCGAUGUCUAAUGAACAAUUUCACCUAACUUUGCCAUCUCUUUACAAUGAUUUAGAUCCGAAACAAGUCAAAGAAUUAAAUGAUUCCAUUUCACUUGGGGAAGCUCCUGUGGUGGUAUUUUAUGGACAAGAUGGGAAACAUUAUAAUGUUCGUAUUCAUCGUCAUGAUGGAUACUGAUGAAUGUUAACUUAAAUCCUAUCAACAUAAUUCCAAUCUACGCGAGCACAAAGCUGAUGCAGAUGGCAACGAUGACGAUGAUCACGCCAGCUGGAUGUUCAUCUGAUUGAUUGUGUCUUUAUUUCAGUAAAUGACAGUGCUCUUCGGAGCAAGAUUAUAUUGUUUUGACUGUCAAGUUUAUUUUGUUA